CCAGCCCCCGGGAAACUUCACGAGUUUGCGCUGACGUCAGCAUCCCCAUGAACCACAACGCAAUGUAGAGGAAUGCACGGAAACUUCUUCCUUGAAUUGUUUUGUGUUGUAUUUCGAAAAUCUUUACCGAUUAAAGCGAUACACAGUGGAUAUACAUUAAAGACACAGAUUCAGCAUGGCUGCUCAGACAGUAUACCCUCUGGCAAUGUUCCCACCCACAGUUAGCGUCGCAAUGGAGGAGGAUUCACACAGCUUGACAGAACUCUCCCGUAACGACCUUCCGGCCCCUCAGCUCGUCAUGUUGGCCAACGUAGCUGUCAUCUCGGAGGGGAAUGGCUCAGAGAACAUGGCGGAGGAGAAGGAAAUGAUGGAGCUGAAGAAUGUGGGCAGCAGCAGCUACUCCGACAGCGAGGACGAGAGUGUCAUCAGAUACAGCUUCGAGAACCACAGAGAGAUCUGCAUUGUAGAAUACCCUGAGUCUCCCCUUGCCGCUGCGCCGGAGGCGGAGGAGAGCGUGGACAAGUGUCAGGAAGAGGAAAAGGAAAAAGAGCAGGAAGAGGAAGUCAAAGAGGACCGACCCCUUCCAACCAACAAGCAACCUUGUAGUCCCUCCACGCUGGGCAAGCGCAGAACCGCCCACGCCUUGGGCGUGGAGUCGGCCAAGAAGAAGAAGCCCUUCCACUGCAAGGCCUGCAACUACCAGGCCAAGUGUGAGGAAGACUUCGCUCAGCACAUCCGGAUCCACAGCGCCAACAAGCUGAUUGUGGUGAGACGCGUGGAGGGCGGAGAAAAGGGGAAGGCCAGCGAGGGCUCGCCGGGUCUGGAGUUCGAACCGGCGGUGGACGGCGACGACAUCAAAGGGGUCAUUCGGUGCGAGCGCUGCGGGUACAACACCAACCGCUACGACCAUUACAUCGCUCACCUCAAGCACCACAGCAAGGAAGGCAACAAUCACAGGGUGUACAAGUGUGUCAUCUGCACGUAUACAACCGUCAGUCAGUAUCACUGGAGGAAGCACCUGCGGAACCACUUUCCCAGCAAGCUUUUCACCUGCAGCCAUUGCUGUUACUUCUCCGACCGGAAGAACAACUAUGUGCAGCACAUUCGCACACACACAGGGGAAAGACCAUUCCAGUGUUCACAGUGUGGAUAUUCCAGCUCCCAGAAGACCCACCUCACCAGGCACAUGAGAACACAUUCAGGUGAAAGACCUUUCAAAUGUGACAGCUGCAAUUACCUGGCGGCAAAUCAACACGAGGUGACGCGUCAUGCCAGGCAGGUGCACAACGGACCCAAACCACUGUGCUGCCCCUAUUGCCAGUACAAGACUGCCGAUCGCAGCAAUUUCAAAAAGCAUGUGGAGCUUCACCUCAACCCCCGUCAGUUCCUUUGCCCCGUCUGCAAGUAUGCCGCUUCCAAGAAGUGUAAUCUGCAGUAUCAUAUCAAAUCCAGGCACCCUGGCUGUAACGAUGUGUCCAUGGAUGUGUCGAAGGUCAAGCUUCGGGCCAAGAAAUUUGAAUCUGAGACGGAUGAGUCUAGAAAGGUUCAUUCGUCUGGAAUGGAUGAGGAUCAGGAUGGGGACGAGGAGGAAUCUGGACUGGAAAUGAAUCUGGAGUUGUCUGACACUGACAAAGAGCCCAGUCCCAUCAAUCUCUCCACCAAAAGCAGCAAGAUAAACCCGGGUCAAGCUCCGGAAAGUGGAGCAUCUCACAAGACUGUGAAAACCCCCAGCAGGGAGAAACCCAGAAAAGCAAAGGAAAAGGUAGACAGGAAGGGAACAGCCAAGCAGAAGAAGGUAGACAAGGUGAGCGAGGUCAGAAAGACAAAGGAAAGCUUGCCGACAACAACCGCUGAAGUUGAAAGUGAGGUUAACGUUAAAAAAAACAAAAGAAGACAGAAGGUCGACAAAAAAGAUGCACGGGACAAGAACAAAUCAAAGGAAACGAAGGAAAAGGUUCAAAAGACGAGUGUGGAGACGGUGGUGAAAGAGAGAGACGACCAAGACAAACUGGGGAAAGGAAAACUGGACAAGAAGACUACGGGGAAGAAGCCGGAAAUGGAGGAACCUGAGAAGCCUCCAAAAAAACAGAGAAACGAAAGUAAUGGCGGCGGGAGCAAAGAGGUCAGCAGCUGUGAGUCUCCGAAGGGUGAAGCCUCAAAGCUAGCCAAAGCGGCUGACGAUACCGUCAAUGAAACUCCUGGAAAGAAAGAAUAUCCAGUUAAAAAGCCGGGGUCCAAGAGCAAGACCAAGGGCUUGAAGAGGAAAGCAACGGAGGCGUUGGACUUAUCCAUGAAGACUUCUCCUGAGGAGCCCUGCACCAGGGACAAACGGACGAAAGUCAAGGCUACAGACAAGCCACAAUCAAAACCCUGCGUCCCUCAAACCGUACCCGAGAGCUGUGAGCCUCGCCCAAUCACAGAGAGCUGUGAGCCUCGCCCAAUCACAGAGAGCUGUGAACCUCGCCCAAUCACAGAGAAGAAAGGCCAGACGAUGGAAACGGUGGCCUUGCCUGCUGUCGUAAAGUUGAAGAAGACCAAAAAGACCAACAGGAAAGAGGCCGUGGUCACCUCUGCGCAGGAAAAGAGUCUGGCGACAGACACCUCCACUCCUCAAGACGAGGCGUCUUCCCACACAGAUGCCCGGAAGACGCCCGGCCAGAAGACCACUCCAACAUCAAACACCGAAGACGCCUCCACAGGCAAACCGGAGACCCCUUCAGUGCCAGAGAAGACAGACGUUUCCGCCAAAGCCAAGGAGACGUCCGAGACCUCCGUGGAGACCCCUUCUCCAACAGGACGAGGCAGCUCCCCGAUCUUCAGGAGACCGCAGGGAAAGCCCACCUCUCCCUCCCUGGACCUCCCAGUGCCCAGAGACAAGCCCACGGACACGGAGGACGACGAGGGCAUCCACAGCCACGACGGAGGAAGUGACAUCAGCGACAGCGUGUCUGAGGGCAGCGACGACUCCGGCACGGGGAAGCUAGCCGACCCCGAGACUCCCACGGAUGAGAUACCGACGCCGACCGAACUCAAGUGCCACACGUGCAUCUUCUGCGACCGCACCUUCCCCGCGGAGGUCGAUUACCGCCGGCACUUGAAUCGCCACCUGGUAAACGUGUAUUACCUAGACAAUGAAGCAAAGACUCACCAGUAAGUGCCUGUCAUUGUCUCAGGUGCCAAAAAUUGGGUUUCUUGUGUCGUAUUCUUAUCUCUCUAUAAGCACUCAUGUAGAGACCUAUAGAAUACUAGCAUACAUGAACGAUGAUACACUCACGGUUUUGUAGAAAGGGGUCUUUUUGUAAUCAUAGCACACAGUGAUUGUGGAUCAGAAAAUAGACCUAGUCUACUUUAUACCAUUGUUGCAGUAAUUCAUGGCAGAUUUUCUCACUGUCACAUGACAGGGGCCCAUUAGUAUCAAGUCUCACUGAUAAGUUAAUGUAUCAAAAUACAGAGAAUGUCAAAAUGAAGUCCUUUUUAAGGAUGUGUGAAUUGAACAACCACAAGCAGUGUCAUCAUAUUACAAUACUCAGACACUCCAAGAGGACUUGUACGGCAUAUUAAUUUGUAUAUCCAAAACACAUACAUCGCAAGUUAACUCAAAUGUAUCUUAUUUCUUGUAGCACACUGUAUAUAUUUGACAACAUAGUGGUUGAUAUUAACUUUUUCUCCAGUGAGAAUACCCCGUCCUCUGGUUCAGAAACAGGUUUUGCUCCACAGAAAACUUCGCUAAGACAUUCCCUCCUCUCUCAAUACCAUCGUGUUUCCCCCCCAUUUACUGUAUCUGACCACAUUGAAGAACAACAAUAGUCAAUCCAUCCUGAAAGGAAGUUUAACACUUUUUCAAAGAGUAGCCAAAGAGCCCCUUCACUCCUGCAGGGAGGCUGAGGAUUAGACGCACCCAGGUGGUCCAUGCCUAGAAAAGGCCCAGAGAAUAAUAGGGCUUUCGUUCCUUUUGUGAAAACCCACUCCAGUGCAGCAGCGUACUCUGGAGGGGGUGAAGGGGGGAGGGUGCUGGUGCAUGUUCACAUUUUGGCCCAAAUACAAGUAAUCUUCUAUUUUGCAAGGAGAGCGUGACAAUGAAAUAGUUUUAUUUCCUUUUAGUUGUCUGUUGUCAUUGUGGUAUUGUUUGAGCCAAUACAGGUAUGAUCAAUCUGUACAUGAAAUGAAUAUUGGUGUCUUGAAAAUAUCAGUUGCCAUGGUCCCAUAGUGGGGAAAUGCGUUUAAUGACAUAGACGAAGGAAUACUACAUUGAAUUAGGCCACCUCCUGAACACCUUACCCGCACCAUGAAAGAAUCAAAACACCAGAUUGAUACAAGGCCAUCAUGUUUGCAUAGAGGUUUAGUUGCAUAUGUUAGAAUAUGCAGUCUAGAAUACUGUGUACUUGUUACCUAACCUAAAAUGCAUUUAGUAGACUGAUUUAAUUAAGUCCAAAGAGGAUUUUUACCAUGUUUGGCUUGCUGUGCCACAAUAUGUUUGUCCUUUCGCUCCAGUGCCUUUGACAAUCAGUAAUGGUUUUUGUUUUGAUGUUACUUAUAAUAUCAUAUUCAGGUUAGACAGCAAGGACUCAUUCUUUUCUUUAUUCGUCCAUCUUUAUGAUCAUUCCUUGAUUUCAUUUUAUUUGUUGAGUUGAUUGCAAAUGAAGACCAAUCCAUUAAGUUCAGGUCUGGAGUUAUUUGUGGUGCGUUUGAGGUACUAUGUCUGGGCAGGUUACUGAAUUAUUUUGGGUGUAGAUGUCUAGCCUAGGGAGGGUGAAUAUAGAAGCAGUCUGAAUAUAUCUGGAACAAACUAAACACCAUGUUGACUUCGCUAAUACUCCUUCUCUAUGCAGCUACUUUCUGUUCUUUAGAGGUUUGUGGGUUGAAAAACAAAACACAUUUACGCAGUGCAAUAUAAACUGGACUUGAUGCCAAAGUGAGAGGUAGAAUUGUAAAAACGUGUUUAGUUUCUUGAUUGUUUCCCAAACCAGACCAGAGCUGCAUUGUUUAUACUGGUGCUUUAGUUUCUAGAAAUGACACCUAAUAGCAGAGUAGAUUGUUAGGGCCCCAUAUCACUGUAAAUGUACACUUUCCAUGCUUUUGCAAAUGAUCUACACUUUUUGUUUACUUACAGUGUUUUCUAUAGUGGAUUUAAAGCUAACUGUUAAGGAAAGCCUUUGUAACCAUUCUACUUAUGUAAUCUUGCUUUUUUUAAAUUAGUGAGAAUAACUUGACUAACACCUUCAAAGUGUGGAGUUAUUGGAUAAUGUGUCCAAGGAUUCAUGAGAAUCAUAUCAACAAUUUUACAGAGAUAUCCUGCCUAUUUUGCUCUGCUUUUUUCUUUUUUUUAAAUAUAUAUAUAUAUAUAUAUAUGAAUAAAAGGGUCUGAAAAUCGA